GUGCGCCUCGUUUUGAAACUGAAACUGGAUUCACUCGCGCACACACGUGUUUAGAUAAAUGUACAUAAACAUUUGUGAAGCAUAAUGCGGGACACACCAUUAUCGAAUUGUGAGCGAGAAUUCAUUAGACAAGCAGUUAUUCAAAAGAAGAGAAUCGAUGGGAGACAACCAUUCGACUACAGAAGAAUCAGAAUCAAGUUUGGUACUGACAGGGGCAGCUGUUAUGUCGAACUUGGUCAAACAAGGGUAUUUGCUCAGGUGUCUUGUGAGCUGUGUGCACCAAAGCCCACCAGGCCCUCGGAUGGUGUCCUGUUCAUCAAUGUAGAGUUGUCUCCCAUGGCAUGCCCAUCAUUUGAGUCAGGAAGGAUGUCAGAAUUGGGUGUUGAGAUCAACAGGCUUCUGGAGCGAUGUCUGAAGGAAUCACGAUGUGUUGACAUGGAGUCACUCUGUAUCAUAUCAGGAGAGAAGGUAUGGCAGGUGAGAACAGACAUCCAUGUGUUGAAUCACGAUGGGAAUAUCAUAGACUGUGCUAGCAUAGCGGCCAUUACAGCCCUCACUCACUUCAGGAGGCCUGAUGUUACAGUGGAUGGUAGCAAUGUAAUAGUGCACCCGGUGGAGGAGAAAGAUCCCAUCCCUCUCAGCGUACAUCACAUGCCUAUCUGUGUGUCAUUUUCAUUCUACGAGCAGGGGAAAUUUUUGUUGGUUGACCCGUCGGACAAAGAAGAGAAAGUGAUGGAUGGAAAGAUGGUGAUAGGGAUGAAUAAACAUCGUGAAAUCUGUACACUACAAGUGACGGGACAGAUGUUGCUUCUCAAAGAUCAGGUCCUACGGUGCUCAAACAUUGCGGUGGUGAAGGUGGCAGAGACAACUGAUUUGAUUCAUAAAGCUCUGGACAAUGACAGACAGGCCAGGGCGAAAGGUGAAAAGUUUGGAUACACAGAUUCUGUUGCCAUGGAUACCAUCACGACCAAUGAGAUGGAACCAGAGGAAGUAGAUAUGGAUGAGGUGGAGGAAACAGUUGCCGCCUCACUUCAGUCAAUCAGAGAAUCAAUGACUGUCAUCUCAAGUGAAUCAUCUGAUGUUGAAAUAUUGGAUAAGGGAGUUGGAUGUAUAGGAGAAGGGGGCGCAAGUACGUGGGAGUUGGAGGAAAAGGAACUCAAAGAGGAGCAAGGUCACAAGGUCGUAGGACAAAGGUCAAAGACUACACCUCAGCCAGAAGUGGUGGUACUAGAUUCUGAUAGUGAAGAGGAAGAUGUGGUUAUCAUGGAGGGAGAUCAGUUACUUACACAGCCAAGGAGUCAAGUUUACAACACAAAGAAAGCAUCUUCAACAGAAUCAGCAAAUCUUGCACAAGUGCAAACGAAAACCAAGCCAAAGAAACGAAAAGGAAAGCCUUGAUAUUUGUUUGAUUUGUUGCAAUAAAAAGAAAAUGUUAUAUAU